GUAGCCAGAGAGCUGGGGAGAGAGAGAGAGAGGAGGAAGAGAGAGAUCCGUAGCAGCAGCAGCAGCAGGGUCCCAGCAGCAGCAGCCGCCUGUCCGCACCGCACACCCCUAAUAGCAAAAUACAGGCAGCAGGUCACACAUACAAGGAGGCCACUGCAAUCCUUUCUGUUCUAUCAUUCCCACCCCAUUGCUGGGACAGCUCCAAUGCCGGGUCCUACCCAAACGCUGUCCCCAAAUGGAGAAAACAACAACGACAUCAUUCAUGAUAACGGGAGCAUCAUUCCUUUUAGGAAGCACACAGUACGGGGAGAACGCUCCUACAGCUGGGGAAUGGCGGUCAACGUGUACUCUACCUCGAUAACCCAGGAGACUAUGAGCAGACAUGACAUCAUUGCAUGGGUCAAUGACAUUUUGUGUUUAAACUACAUAAAGGUUGAACAGCUAUGUUCAGGUGCUGCAUACUGCCAGUUUAUGGACAUGCUCUUUCCAGCGUGCAUAGGUCUAAAGAAGGUCAAAUUCCAAGCCAAGCUGGAGCACGAGUACAUUCACAAUUUUAAACUGCUGCAAGCUUCAUUUAAAAGAAUGAAUGUCGAUAAGGUCAUACCAGUGGAAAAACUGGUAAAAGGACGAUUCCAAGACAACCUGGAUUUUAUUCAGUGGUUCAAGAAAUUCUUUGAUGCAAACUAUGAUGGCAAAGAGUAUGAUCCAAUGGAAGCCCGACAAGGACAGGAUGCCUUGCCACCGCCAGACCCUGGCGAACAAAUCUUCAACCUGCCAAAAAAGUCUCAUCAUGCCAACUCUCCCACAGCAGGUGCUGCAAAAUCAAGUCCAAUUGCAAAACCAGGCUCCACAUCAUCUCGUCCAUCAUCUGCAAAAAAAGCAGCGCCCAGUUCAUCAGUAAAAAGUGAUAAGGAUUUGGAAACACAAGUUGUACAUCUGAAUGAGCAGGUACAUUCAUUAAAACUUGCCCUUGAAGGAGUGGAGAAGGAAAGAGACUUCUACUUUGGAAAGCUGAGGGAAAUUGAACUACUCUGCCAGGAACACGGACAAGAAGGCGAUGACCUUGUCCAACGGCUAAUGGACGUCUUGUAUGCUACAGAUGAACAGGAGGGCCACACAGACCAUCAUGACGGCAAUGAGCAUGACCACGUUCAGGAGGAUCCAGAGCAGCAGGACGAGUACUGACCCUCCCCUUCCACCCUCCUCACUGUUGUCAUUUCACGUGGAACUUUCUUUCAGGAGAGCAAUGAGUGUCCAGUCACUCUCGGCACACCCUUACCAUGUAAUGUACUAUAGUGAGCGCCAGCAAACCACUGCAUUCUGUACCAGUUACUUUCCCAAGGAGUGUUUACAGAAGUUGUAUCUGCGCCCAAGCAAAAUGGAGAAGGCGUGGGGCGACGUGGCAGCAACUUGUACCACUUGACUGUUUCAGAUUGAUUUCAAAUCUUUUCCCAUAUUUUUUUAUUUAUUUGUAAUUGAGCUGUCUCCUUGUUUUCCAAACUGCUUGCUUCUAAUUGUAAUAUUUUCCAAUAUUUCUAUAUCCAUGUCAUAGGAAACAUCACUAUCACUUAUCACGAAUGUAAAAGUGCUAUGUUAAAUACGAAACGUACAUGUCCUAUGGUAUUGUAUAAGUUUAAGCAGAGCAUUUAGCUGGAAAGCAGAAGUGUUGACAUCUUUUAGGGGGGGUGUUACUGGUUUUCUCAAAUUGAAGCUAAUAUAUGAAGAGUAAGUCGCCCGGCUAGCACGCAUAUAGCAGACCUCCGUGCGCUACCCCAGAGGAGAAUUUUGUACUCCUCACCAUUUACGUAUCUCGGCAUCCCUUUACAAUGCAGAAAAGAACAUUUAUUGACUCAUUCAAAUAAUCAAUUUGUUUCCUAGGUCUUCCAAAGCAUCAGGAUAGUUCUGUCCUGUGCAAGGAAAUCCUGGUGUUCAAGGAUUGCAUAUAUAUUUACACCCCUAAAAUAUACAACACUUCCCAGUACAGACAGCUUCUAUUUUUUUGUUAUUAUUUGGACAAAAAAUUAUAUUAAUAUUUUUCUAAGUGUUUACUGCAUCUUUUGUUUUGUUAUUGUUGGAAUAAUAAGCAGCCACCCAGAUUGCGGUUAAUGUUAGGAAGAUGUUUUCUAUUGGGUUAAGCUGCACAUUCAUCUUGUAUAGACCUGUGUGCUCAUUGUUUAUCUGUUCCACACAGGAACGAAUGAAAUCUACUGGUUUGUGACUGCUUUCAGCACUCGCCUGGAUUUUACCCAGUUCAUCAUUACAACGAGCUCAGACUAAACAGAUUAAACUCUUCACUUCUACACAUACGAAGCGCCAAACCGCAGCAAGGUGACCCCUCCAGAAAUGCCUAUUCUCACUUAAUUGCCACCUACCUAAGCACAGGAUGUAUUUAGCAUCCUGAAGGGCAGGAUGCCAGUGGUCAUGUGACUGAAUCCCUAAGCACAUAGUAUAAUGCAGUAAUACAAUAUAUCAACAGCAAUAUCAUAAAAUGAACUAUGCUUAGAGAGCAAUAGUAAUGCACUAUAGUUAUCUGAAUGCAGUAUUAAUGGAAUAGCAAACAACAUGACCCUUAUAAUGCAUAUACUACCUCUAAUAUCUGUCAUACGUUCGACUGGCGUAUCAAAGGCAUUGAUGGCUACCACGUAAUGGACAAUAGUUUUUCCAUUCUUGAAGUGCAUCUGUUCUCUGCAGGCUGGCUGCCAUUUUGUUAGAUAAGACACUAGUCAUGAGAAUGUAACUUGUCAACUCACUGAGAACAAAUGAGGACUCUGCCUCCAUGAUAUCAAUGGUCCGGGUGAAUGAAUAGCCUACAUACUGGGCCAUCCCACAAAAUGACUGCCACCACUGCAUGAAGGUGCACUUUUAAUAAGCAUGCAAUGUGAAAGUUACUGUAUGCCAAUAAUCCAAAACUGCCAAGAGAAUGGAAAAUUGGCUUAGGAACUGACAAUUAAGUGAGACAGUCUUCUAUGGAUUGUACUGCUGUAUAUUUUAUGUUUUAGCUAUGUUUUUGUAUACUUUAUUUCAGUAUUCCCUUCUGCUAUAGUUUUUAUUUUACUGGGUAGCACAUCAUAAAAGGUAUAUAUGAAAUGUAAACUGAAAGGAAUGUAAACAUAUGUAUUGUUAAAUAUAAAUAGACAGGUAAUGAAGUCCUGAGUAGAUGGAAAGAGUCUUAUUCAGAUGUAUCACUCAUUUUCCCAUACACACAACUUGUCGCAUGAUAGAGUAGGUUUUUUGUCUAUGAAUAUGUGAAUAACUUGCGUUUUAUCUUUUUACAUAUUUAAUAAAAAAAGGUAUAUGUAAUGAAAAAAAUGCCAAUCUCACCAACUAAUCACCUUGGGGGCAAAUUGUAACUCUUGUCUGUCUGUUAUUAAGUCACCAGAUUCAUUAUAAGAUGCGAUUUGUCUAUAAAAACUGAGCUGAGAAGGGAGAAGUGACCCUAAGGUAUCUAUAAGAGAGCAUAUGAUUAAUAAAACACAAACCAGUUAAGAACA